GAAUAUUCGUCUUUAUCAACCCAACUGAGCAAUCACGCGCUCCGUACUUCCUCAAAUUUAACAACUGUCACCACGCGCCUCCGAGCGUGCAACUAUUUCCAUUCCUUACAAAAAAAUUUAACGCAACCAUCUUUCGAAUGUUCCCCUAAUUUCCAGCUCACCUAGCUCAAAAUCCAAAUAUUUAACCUAAUUGUGUUUUUCUUGAUUUAAUUAUUUAACUGCUGGUUUUCCUUGUUCAAAAGGUAGCAGAAUCGAUAGUUCCUCGUUUCCUGGCACGCCAUUAUUGAGAUAGGACAUCGCUCUUUAUCCUGUUAAAGUAAGCUUUUCCAGUUUUCCCGAGUGAUGUGAUCUAUCUUCGAAGAGUGUAUUGGAGCUAAAUCUCAUAAAUGCAUGGAUAAGAAACAACAUAUUGCAAUAUUUACUACGGCAAGCCUUCCAUGGCUUACCGGGACUUCUGUCAACCCUCUGUUUCGUGCAGCGUAUCUUGCAAAAGAUGAUCAGAGGAAAGUUACUUUGGUGAUCCCUUGGUUGAAAUUGGAGGACCAAAAACAUGUGUAUACCAACAAGAUCACAUUUGAUUCAGCAUCAGAACAAGAAACUUAUGUGCGUCAGUGGCUUGAAGAAAGGACUGGAUUCAGCUCAAGUUUCACAAUACGGUUUUACCCAGGAAGAUUUUCCAUACAUAAAAGGAGCAUCAUUGCUCUAGGAGACAUUACUGAAGUCAUUCCGGAUGAAGAGGCAGAUGUUGCUGUUCUUGAGGAGCCUGAGCACCUCACAUGGUAUCAUCAUGGGAAGAGAUGGAAAUUAAAAUUUCGACUGGUUGUAGGAGUUGUUCACACAAAUUAUCUCGAAUAUGUGAAGAGAGAGAAGAAUGGCCAGUUUCAAGCUUUUUUACUGAAAUAUAUGAACAGUUGGGUUGUCAACAUAUACUGCCACCAGGUGAUCCGACUGUCUGCUGCUACUCAAGAGCUUCCUAGAUCUGUUAUUUGCAAUGUCCAUGGAGUAAAUCCAAAGUUCCUUGAAAUUGGCAUGAAAAAAAGGGAGCAACAACAGAAUGAGACCCAGCCCUUCACUAAAGGUGCAUAUUACAUUGGAAAGAUGGUAUGGCACAAAGGCUACAAGGAGCUGCUCAAACUUCUAUCUGAUAACCAGAAAGAAUUAACUGGCGUUGAAGUUGAUUUAUAUGGCAGCGGGGAGGACUCUGACCAAGUUGAAGAAGCUGCGAAAAAACUGGAAAUAACAGUCAGAGUUAACCCUGGGCGCGAUCAUGCUGAUCCCUUGUUUCACGACUACAAGGUGUUCCUAAAUCCUAGCACUACCGAUGUAGUCUGCACAACGACAGCUGAAGCAUUGGCGAUGGGCAAAAUAGUUGUGUGCGCAAAUCACCCCUCAAAUGAUUUCUUCAAGCAGUUUCCAAAUUGCCGAAUGUAUGAUGAUAGUGAGGGCUUUGUGAAGGAAACAUGCAAAGCCUUGCAAGACCAGCCUGCUCCACUGACAGAUGCUCAAAAGCAUGAGCUCUCUUGGGAUGCAGCUACUGAAAGGUUCCUAGAAUCUGCACAGCUUGAAAAGACAGUAAAGAAAUUGGUGAAGAAACCCUCGAAGCUUUAUAUGUCAACAUCCUUCAAUUUGAAGAACAAUCUUGAAGAUGUGUCUGCAUUGCUUCAUUACGUGGGAACUGCACUUGUGAGUAAGGAACCCGACGAAGAGCAAAGUAAACAGGUUGGCUUGUCAGUUCCUUCAAAGGAAAAGUCAUAUCCUUCAAGAAAAUGGGCCUUCUGAGGUUGGAGAUUCCCCCAUGCUGCAUUGGCGAUCUGUGUAGUUUGCUGUAGUUUAGACCUGUCAAGGCUUCAGCAGUAGCUGUUAACAAUCUCUUGUUAGAAAAUUGGGUGGUCGUAAAGGAUUACAUAAUCUAGGGGUAGUUGACAAAACUGAUUUCGUGUAUAUGUUAUUUCCUUUCUUUUUAUCUUUUUUCUCAAUGUUUCUUGGAAAGGAAUGAUAGUUUCUCCAUUUUUAUUUAUAGCAAGUCAAUGCAGAUAAUGACUUAUACUUGUAUUGUCUAUUUUAGUUUUUUUGGCAAAAUAAAUUGUUUGGUAGCCUCA